UUCCUCUCAGCGAAAGACUGGGGUCAGUAUAUAACCGUCGCUCUGCGCCGCUCACCUCAGAACAAGCGAGUUUUCCGUUGAGAAAACUUAAUAAUUCUAAUUCAACGGACUAUUUUUGGAUCAAACUUUCGAUCAAAGGACUUUAAGUUUGUCUCGCUGUAUGUAUUUCGAGCUAUCAUUCUCUACUAUGGUCAUCAUGGAAGUGUCCACCAUCGACUCGGCCUCGCUUCGGGAUCUGUUGGAGGGAGAUGAUCCGGACUGUCUGGUUCUGGACUGCCGCUCGUUCUUCUCCUUCAGCUCGUCUCAUAUUUCGGGCUCCAGUAAUGUGAGAUUCAGUACUAUCGUGCGCCGGAGGGCCAGAGGGGGGCUGGGGCUCGAGCAUAUCGUGCCCAACGAGGACACCAGGAACAGGCUUCUGUCCGGGGAAUACCAGAGUGUCGUGUUCCUGGAUGACCGCAGUCUGGAGAUGGGAGAAGUGAAGAAAGACGGGACUUUAAUGCUCGCUGUGAACGCUCUGUGUCGCAAUCCAUGUGGAGCAAGUGUGUUCCUUCUUAAAGGUGGAUUUGACACGUUUUCUUCUGAGUUUCCUGAAAUGUGUACGAAGCCGGUUCCCCCUCAAGGCUUGAGUUUACCUCUGAGCUCCAGCUGCCGUCCCAACACCGCCGAUUCCUCCUCCUGUACAACCCCUUUAUACGACCAGGGUGGCCCUGUAGAAAUCUUGCCAUUCCUAUAUUUAGGCAGCGCUUAUCACGCCUCCAGAAAAGACAUGCUGGACAUGUUGGGAAUCACGGCCCUCAUUAACGUCUCCUCCAACUGCCCCAACCACUUUGAAGACCACUAUCAGUACAAGAGUAUUCCUGUUGAGGACAACCACAAAGCCAACAUCAGUUCCUGGUUCAACGAGGCCAUUGAAUUUAUUGAUUCUGUACGGAAUAAAGGUGGACGCGUCUUCGUUCACUGCCAAGCGGGGAUCUCUCGUUCCGCCACCAUCUGUUUGGCUUAUCUGAUGCGCACCAACCGCGUCAAACUCGAAGAGGCCUUUGAGUUCGUCAAACAGCGGCGCAGCAUCAUCUCGCCCAACUUCAGCUUCAUGGGGCAGCUCCUGCAGUUCGAGUCCCAAGUGCUCGCCUCCUCGACGUGUUCCUCGGCGGCAGGAAGCCCCGCCAUCGGCAAGAGCAGCACUGUGUUCAACUUCCCCGUCCACACGGCGGCCAGCCCUCUUUCCUUCCUGCAGAGUCCCAUCACUACCUCGCCCUCCUGCUGAGAUGGACGGACUUGUGUUCUCAGUUUUAUUUAUAUGAAGACUGUAUGAUCCCUGAGGUGAUCUUUCCAGUAUUAAGGCUCGGGAACUUUUGGUUCCUGUGUUGCUACCGAUAUUCCACGAUUGUGACAAUGCCUAGAUUGUUUUAGUAUUUUAACACGGUGGUCCAUACUUGACUUAAAACCUUUUAAAUUUGAAUGUGACACAAAUCAAGUUGAAGUCCUCCAAUUUAAUUGCUGGUGCAUCUUCAACAUUGAUCAUGAUAAUCAGGUUAUUUGUUAGCAUCGAAAGAAGCCCCAUGUCUUACAGGUUCGCUCAGGGAUUGUUUUCAUGUUUUUAUGUUGAUGUCGUUACUAUUUUUUUGUUUAUUUCAAGAGUAGUCAGAGGAGAUGGGAAGAAGUCACUAGACUUGAAGGUGCUAAUCGUAACAAGUACUUGCUUCUUUUUGAACAGUGAAUGUAGAUAACAUGUCUGUGUGGGCUCGGUGGAUUAUUCUUGAGCCUCUCAUGCCUUUUCAGAAUGCAAACGGAUUCAUCAAGACGUUUGUUUGUCUGUAAACAAAUAGAAAUACCUCAUGUGUCUGUACUGUUGUCAGUCCGGUGAGAGUCCUCCCAUAAGCACUACUAAUAGGAAUGACUCUUACAGGCUGUUUUGAUAUGUGUGACUAUUUAUUGACUAAAUUAAUAUAUUUCUUAUGCUAUAUUUUUUCAUAUAUUUGUGAUACUUGUUGCUGACAAAUAAACAUUUUUUUCAUACGUA